AUGCCCCAGCCCCUCAACCCUAUUGAACGUCUGCUCGAUGCAAACGUCCAGUGGGCACAGGCAGUCUCCAAGACCCAGCCAGAUUUCUUCCGCGAGUCCGCCAAGGGUCAAAGUCCCCAUACACUCUGGAUAGGUUGUGCCGACUCCAGGGUCCCCGACUCGGUCAUCACAGCUGCUAAGCCGGGAGACAUCUUCGUUCAUAGGAAUAUCGCCAAUCAACUCCAUUUAGACGACACCAACGUUCUAUCUGUUCUCAGAUACGCCGUCGACUAUCUCGGUGUUGAACACGUUGUCAUUGUCGGACAUGCAGGAUGCGGAGGUGCCGCAGCUUGUCUCGGGGCCGCUCAAUCUCCUAACUUGUCUCUCGAUGGCCCUAUCACUACGAUCGAUUCGUUACCCGUAGAUUCUUCUUUGAAUCGUUGGCUGGAGCCCUUGACUAGGCUGGCGGCGUCCCUCCAGCUGUCUUCCAUUCCGCAUGAGGAAGCUAUGCCUAUCCUGGUCGAGGAGAAUGUCAAGGCCCAGGUUGCCAAUUUGGCCAAAACCCAUGCUAUCAACGAUGCUUGGACGAAGGGAACCCGUAAAGGCCAGAAUGUCUGGAUCCACGGCUGGGUCUAUGAUUUGAGUACUGGCUUGUUGAAGGACCUUAACAUCUCUCAAGGACCCCCCUCCAAGAAAUAA